UUUUAAGCUAAGAAUUUUGAUUUUAAUUACAUAUUUAUUGUUUAAUAUGGGACUUAACAAUAAGGGAAAAGAGGGACAUCAAGAAACGGCUCAAGAACUGAUUUCAAGGAUUAAAGAAGAAGUAGAAAAAAAUGAAAAUAAAAGAUCAAAAUCUAUUUCAAAACAUACAUUUACAUAUAAUGGAGUAAAUAUUGAUAGUUGGAAGUUGCCAGAUUUUGGAUUUAAAAAAUCAAGUAAAUUAGCAACAGAUAUACGAGGACUUUUUUCUAUAACAAAUGAUAAAAAUAUACAUGAAAUUGUUAUUAGAGGAUAUAAUAAAUUUUUUGCAAUAAAUGAAGUUAAAGAAACUAAAUGGGAAUCCUUGGAAAAACAUACUAUAGGACCAUAUACGUUGACAUUGAAAGAGAAUGGAUGUAUUAUUUUUGUUUCAGCGCUUUCAGAUGACUCAUUGAUUGUUGCAAGCAAGAAUUCGAUGGGAUCAAUAGCAAAUGGUACAUCUAUUCAUGCAGAAGUAGGGGAAACAUGGUUAGAAAAGCAUUUAUCAUGUUCUCUACAUAGUAGAAAACAAUUGGCAAAUGUACUGCGACAAAUGAAUGCAACUCUUGUUUUUGAAUUAUGUGAUGAUAGUUUUGAAGAACAUGUUAUAGGAUAUCCACCAGAAAAGAGUGGACUUUAUCUUCAUGGAAUUAAUUUAAAUAAAGCUAAUUUUGUUACAUAUGAAUUUGAUAAAGUCUGUAUGUUUGCUAGUGAAUGGGGAUUUAGACAAGUUGAUUAUAAAGUUUUUCAAACUUUGUUAGAGUUAAAAUGUUUUUUAGAAGAUUCUGAAAAGACAAAAUCUUAUUAUGGAAAAGAAGUUGAAGGGUUUGUUAUACGAUGUAAAUCUAACUUAUCAGAUGAUAUUCAUUUUCAUGAUUUUUUUUUCAAGUAUAAAUUUAAAGAGCCAUAUUUUAUUUAUAGAAAAUGGAGAGAAUUGACACAUGCAAUUAUAUCAGGCACAUAUAAAUUCAAUUCUAAUGAAGAUCAUAUUACAAAACAAUAUGUAAUGUGGGUACGUCUUUUAUUGAGAGAAAAUCCUGACUUUGCAAAAAAAUAUAAACAAAAUCAUGGAAUUGUGGCUCUUCGCAAGCAAUUUUUAAAAGAAUACAAUUAUUCGCCUUUAGAUUUUUCAGAAAGGUUGAUUACAAACUAUCCUCUUGAGGAUAGAAAUAUUUUACUUGUUCCUAUUGCUACAAUUGGUUGUGGAAAAACAACUCUUGCUUUUGCUUUAUCUUUAUUAUUUAAUUUUAAGCAUAUUCAAAAUGAUGAUAUACCAGGAAAAAAAGCGAAAAUUCAAAAGUUUGUAUCUGCAAUUGUUGAUGCUUUAAAGCAUCAACAUGCUGUUAUAGCAGACAAAAAUAAUCACAAAUAUGUAGAAAGAGAUGAAUUGAUUCGUUUGGUUUCUGAACGAUCUCCAGAUACUCGUUUCAUCGCUCUUUAUUAUAAUCAUUUUGAUAAAGAUGAUGAUUUAGUUACUAGAAGAGAAAAAUUAAAUGAAAUCUCUAAAAUAACAAAAGCUAGAGUUCUUGAACGUGGAAAUAAUCAUCAAACAAUUGAUGCAUCAUUAAAUCAGGGUAAAACUGCUAUAGGAAUUAUGAAUGGAUUUCUUUCCAGAUUUGAACCUUUAGAUCUUGAUAGAAAACCGGAUAAUUUAUUUGAAGAUAUCAUUAUCUUGGAUCCUAUGAAAGAUACAAUAUCUAAUUUGGAAAUUGUGAUUAAACGUCUUCAUAAAAUUGCUCCAAAAUUUGUCGCAAAAAUACCAACCACAUCUGAAAUGGAUUCUGCAAUUCGUAUCGCUUUAAAUCAUUCUUGUCCUAACAAAAUAUCCAGUUUAACCUUAUCUCAUCAAAAACUUGGUUCAUUCUCUAAACGAAAACCUGAAUAUUUUGGUAUUCUCUUUAAGGAUGAUUUAGCUCUUUAUAUAGAACAAAUUAUGAAGGAUCAGAAAAAAGAAGUCUCUGCUUUUUGGGAACAUCUCAAGUCCUCAAAACGUGUACAAUCUACUUUUCAUGUUACUUUGAUUCAUGUCUCUGAUAAAUCAGAAUAUCCUAAAAUUUGGCAAUAUUAUUUAUCUCAAAUGAACUCUUCAGGUGUCGUUUGUUCUGCUCAUGUUGAAUUCACUUAUCUCGUUUGGAAUUCAAGAAUUAUGGCUCUUGUUGCUGCAAUUUUGGAUAUAGAAAAUAAAAAAAUACAAUUAGCUACUCCAAUUCCUCAUACUACAAUUGGAACUGAAAAUAAAACAAUUCAUCCAAAGGAAGCAAAUGAUAUGUUGGCUCUUUGGAACUCUCAAUUACCUCCUUCUGAUAUUCAUACUUUAUCUCUUUCUCCUCAACGUUUCAAUGGCACUAUUACUCUUGUCUAUUCUAAUUCUACCAAUUAACAAUAUAUCUCAUCUAACUAUGAAAAUUUAGGUCAACUUUAUGU